UAGAAUAUGGAUGAUUUAAGAUUCGAAUGGAUUAAAGAUGUUAUUUAUAGAUUUUUAUCCAUCAAUACUACCGAUGAGGCAUUCGACGAUUUGAUCAAAAGAGAUGAAAGCAAUCAAACCAUACUUAAAAAUUUAUUUUCAGAUCCCAAAAUCUCGAAAAAAUGCAUCUUUUUUUAUUCGGACAUAGUAGAAGAAGAAAUUGAAACUGAAGAUGCAGAGGAAAAACCAGAAGAAACUCCGAAACCUGCAACUACAUCUCGCUCGUCUCAUUCCAGUGAAGGGGAGUCGGAUAUUUCGUCUGUAGCAAGUGCUUCCAAAGAAAAAGGUUCAGAAGAUCAAGUCAAAAUUGAAGACACGGAAUCAAAAUCUGACGAUAACGAGUCAGAUGAAAAUGGAUCUUCAAAGAGUGGGUCCGAAGAAAAGUCUGACGUCACUGGAGAAGGUGCUGAUCAGGCGGUUCCUGAGGAAAAAUCUACGGUAAAAGCUUACAUCAAAAUAAAUUCGUUCAAGUCCAUUGGUAUUUAG